AUUUAUCAGGUUUUAUUAUGACAUGAGACGAUAAAAAGAUCACCACAUUCUUAUCUUCAUUGAAUCCCCUUGAAGACUUCCUCGACUUGCUGCAGAUCUCCAGCAAUCUCUACUCCAGAGUCUUGUCUCUAAUUCAGUCUACAACGACUGAUUUCCCCAAUUUUAUAGGGUAGAAUAACUAGCUACUGUUUGGUACGAACUACCCAACUUAGCGUUAUCUCUCAGUUGAGGACUACGAACAGACGGUUUGUCAUCUCGUGUACUUGGUGGCACAGAAACAGAGGGGUCAUGUUGAAACUCUUAGUACUCUUACUCUCCCUCCUGCGCUACGUGCAUCCUCUAAACACCACGGAGGGGGAAAGCUACUCGUCACAAAACCAAACAACCAGUUCGCUGAUAGAAGAUGUCAGGUGGCUGCAGUUCGUGAACACAUUCCAAACUAAACUGACACUAAACUCAACCAUCAGUAGUGUCCCCAUGUGCACUACAUGGUUAUCAAACAAUUAUCAGACCACGAGGUCACUCGACAAAACAAUAUCAAAUUUGGAGAGAUGGGGUCAGCAUUGUGUGUCCAAUAUAGACUGUGUAAGCGGAAAGUUGAGCUUUCAGAGCCAUGGUCUGAGUAUAACUGAGCAGCUGAACGCGGGAGUCAGGAGGUUGGUGUUGGAGCUGCACUAUGUGCCGGGCAUGAAGAGGAAACUCCGAGUGUGUGCUUCUCUUCAAGUGGAAUGUACAGCAAUGAAGAAGAAACUGAAAGUGAAACUAAGAUCUAAGAAGAGGAAAAAGUCAGCUUAUAAUUGGUGCAAGGGUUUCGAGAUGACAAGUAAAGGUGUCCACACCGGGUGCCAUUCGGGUUCUCCUGAGUUUAAAAAUACGGUAAAAGAAAUUAUAAAGUGGCUGAACAAGAACCAAGACCAGUUUGUGGUUAUAGAUCUACUUGACUACAUUUCCUCGGAGACAGGGUGCAGGGUGGUUCCAGAGUUGGAUAGUUCUCUGAAACUCUUUGGCUCAAGACUCCUUAAGCCUUCCCACCUGCAGAUAGAACGAAAAUAGGACUGCUGGGACACUACCCUCGCUGAGAGAGAUAAGAGAGAUGGGAAGGAACGUCCUGAUAAGAAGCACCUGCACUUUUGGAGGAAACCUCGUAUUCCCUGCUCAGGAGAACAAUUACGUUUCGAUAGAUGAGUUUAACAGGGAUGUAUGUCAACAGGAGAAUAACUCAUUCACCCUCUACUAUCACGACAGGAUCCACGUAGAUUUGCGAUUGUCAGCAAGUAGGAAAGUAAGACAGUACCGAACUUUAAGGACCCCAACAAAGUCUGAUCAACAACUAGCUACCAGAUGUAACUCUCAGAUAGCUCUCCAAGCUUCCAACUUCUCAGACCUUUUCGGCUGUAGUUGGACAUGGUUACCCCACAACUAUAAUAAUGACUGUUCCGGCUGCACUGCAUUCCAUUUGGACCCCACCACCAUGACAUACGGCUGGGUUAACACUGAGUGCAGCAAAACACUCCAUUUAGCUUGUAAAGGACUGGGGGAGGGAGAAUUCUCUGUUUCUCCUGACUUUCAACAUCUUCCUAACAACGGGGACGUUCUAGCUUGUGGGGGACACCUGAGAUUUGCUUUGCCUUUAUCACCCAGGGAAGCAUUCAACCUAGCUGAUGGAAUGUGGAGACAUGGAUUAUCUCACGUCUGGUUACCUCGAAUUGAAGGAUACACGUGCACUGAUGUCGCUCCAGACAUCCAAUGUGGAGAGCCCGAUAUCCCUACAAACGGCAGUCUUAUUGGGGAAGAUAGUGGGUUUGAUGCUCUAGUCACUUACCAGUGUGAUCUGGGAUACAAACUCAUUGGAACUGAGACUAGCAUGUGUCAAUCUAACGGUUCCUGGUCCGGUUCUGUCCCGAUUUGUCAGAGAGUUGACUGCGGAGUGCCACCCCGAAUAAAGAUGGGAAGAGUGUACGGGACGAGUACAGAUUACGGGAGUAUGUACGGUUACACGUGUAACUGGGGUCACGUGUUCGAAGGACGAGCCAGCAUUGUUUCCAUAGUUACCACGUGCCAGGAAAAUGGACGCUGGUCUGUCGAAGUUCCCGAUUGUAUACAAAGGCAGUGCGAAGUAAGCGAGUGGGGGGAAUGGGGCGAGUGCUCGGAGUCUUGUGAGGGUGGGACACAGAUAAGGUCUCGGGAAAUCCUGUCCUCCCACGGGAACGAGAUAAACGGGAACUGUCCCUCCCUGGAGGAAAUCAGAGUUUGUAACACCCGGAAAUGUGACACGUGCACCACCAAGGUUUACAGAGUCCCCCUGGAGGCUGAUCAGUGCAGAAGUGCUGAGCGGGUCACUAACAGGUACUGUGCCGGUACCUGUAGAGAGACAGGAAUGUGCUGUAAAGCUACUGUUAAAAGCACUAAAAACAUCCUCCUCUUUUGUGAGAAUUCUCCUCCCAGAAACUUCAAACUUCCGGUGAUAGAAGAAUGUGGUUGCAUACCAUGUGGUUGAAGUUAAAACAGUCUUUAACAAAUAUCAUCUGGAAAUCUGCUAGAUAAUCGAAGAAAGCUAAUUCCCGUAAAGAAAACUCAUUGAAACUGUAUUAGUGAAGAUUGAGAAACUUAUUUGAAUGCUGACGCUGUCAUUUGUCAGCAAACGGAACUGAAAUAGAACAGGAAAUUCAGAGGUUGUGACUUAACUUUCAUAGUAAUAACUAAUAUAUGUGAAUGUCUUACUUCAUUAAUAAUAGUCCUUUUAAGUUUUAGUUAAUUAAAUAGUUAGGUGAAUUAGGAUAUAGGAUUUAAACGAUAUAAUGAUGAAUACUUAGAGAUUUCUGAUAUGAUUUUAUAGUAAUGAAUAUUGGUUAUCACAUGUUUUAACCCCAUUACAUCUUACUGGCCCGAAUUAUUUCCACUUGGGGUAGAUGUGGCAAAUAAUUGUAGCGAAUUGUUAUACAUAGAUCUCUUCGAAAGAUUUUAGUACGAUUCAUGAUAUUAUACAAUAGUUAUUUUUAAGUUUAACACUUAA